AGAAAUAAACUCAGGUUUUGUUUAUCCUUUUUUUAAAUUCAUAAGUGAAUCUAGAUGUAUCUCAUUUUUUUUUUAAAGAAUAUUUCUCAAUUAUUUUAUAAGACAAAUUCUUUACGAAUACUAUUUAAGCCUCGAGAAGAAGAAUGAGUUAGUCUCAUUUUUGGCGCAAAUAAGGUUAAGAUUGUUUUGUUUAUAUUUUGUUUUUGGCAAAGUAUCAGGUAACAUUUUUAAAUUAUGUUUUUUUGCGCGUGUUCGUUUAAAUAUUUUUGCAAUUUUUAAUAUCUUUCUACGGAGUAAACGAAAAUGGAAAAUACAUGCGAAGAGGAUUUUCAUAUUUCUUUAGAACCGGACGUUAUUAUUAAUGACGAUUUAGAAGGAGCUGCAAAUUUUGGAGACAAAAAAUAUGAAAGCACAUAUUCAAAUAAUACUCAUUCAAGAACUAAUUUUCAAGCAAUUAACAGUCCUGAAGUAUCAAUUAUUCCUAUAAAAUCACCAAUUACAAUGAAAAUAUGCCCUAAUUAUCUUCAUCAUUUUAACUAUAAUGUACAGAAAAAUAUUAAUAGAUCUUCGAGAGAAACUGUAAGACUGGUAUCAAAAGAUGAAGUAAACCAAGCAGAGAUAAAUCACUUACUAAAACGAAAAUCACUGCCAUUAGAAAUGUGUCCCAUUUGUAAGAAAUACUUCAGGAGAAUGAAGACUCAUUUACAAAAGCACGAGGAUGUUAAACCUGAUCCCAAUGAUCCACUUACUUGUCAGUUUUGUAUGAAAAGUUUUAAUACAGGCAGUAACCUAAGUAUACACAUGCGCACACAUACAGGAGAUAAACCCUAUGUGUGCGAAGUAUGUCUUAAAGGAUUCGCACAGUCCUGCAAUCUCGUAAAUCACAUGAGGAUUCACACAGGGGAAAGGCCGUAUAAAUGUCCCCAUUGUGAUCGAGCUUUCACGCAAUCAGGAAAUUUGAGCAAUCAUAUAAGACUUCAUACAGACGAAAAGCCGUUUAAAUGUCAUUUCUGUGACAAAGCUUUUACACAAUCAGGUAACUUAAAUUCUCACAUAAGGAAUAAUCAUAAAUUUGUAAGCAUGCAAAUGGGUUAAAAGCGAUUUUAACUAAUAUAAGACAGUUUGUGAGGGGUUUUCCUGUGCUAGUUCAAAAAAUUAUAUUAACAAAUAUUUAUUAUUUUCGUGUGCAAUUGUAAAAUAAAAUUAGUCAAAUUAGGUACUGAAUUUAAGUGUUACAUAACAAACUGUCGAUAAAAAUUGCUAGAUAUUUAGAUAUUCACAGUGCUCAUAUUGUUUUCAUUUAUUAUUGUAAUAUUAUUUUCAUAGAUUUUAGUUUUUUUAAAUACUUCGUAAAACUUUUGCUUUAAUUGUGUGAUAGUUAACAAAAAUACUUAGUACAUUUGGAGUAGAAAUCACAAUGACUUUUGAAAUUUGAACUAUAAUAUGCUUUUCUUUUGCUUUCAAUAGCGUAACAAUUUAUUGUAUUAUUAUUUCAUUUAGUAGGAGAUAAUAAUCAAAUAAGUAGUUUAUAACGUUUUCAAUAACUAUUUCUGAAGCUAGAACAUCAAAACAUUAAAAUUAAAAUAAAAAGUACAAGAUUUAAGAUACCUACUACAUACAGUAUUUUUGUUAUUUAGGUAUGUCUUCUACACAUAAGCUCAUAAUUUUUUUAAUGAAUUAUCAUAAAAGACUGCUACUGUGUGUUCACACUCAUUUGCUAUAUUUGCCUAAUUUACCAUUUUUGAUCUCCCAUUCAUUGUGCCAUCUCUUGAUAGGUUAUUGUAUUAUAUUUUUAAAAGACUGACAUUUAAUAGUCCAAGAUACCACGUCUCGUUUUUAAAGUAACGGGCUAAAGUUUCUUGGCUUCGAUUUUACGAGUCUCCCUCUUUUUUUCAUUCAAAAUUCUUAAUAGUAGCGUGGAAAAUAAGACCUACUUCUUGAACGUGUUAAACUGGCGACUUUUUUAAUUUCAUAAAUAACACUUUACUUUUCAAUUAAAUUACCAGAUAAUGUAUAAGAAAACAAAGAAAUGCGAUUGGAAGAUAUUGAUUAAAGUAUAACAUUACAAAAAUUUAGCAUUACUGCAAAACCUUUAUAUUUCAUCAAAAUAAAAUAGAAUAAUUGGUUACAAAAUAAUGUAAUUACUAUCCGUUAAAGUGAGAAUGUUUGCGAAAAUAGAAUUUAAAAAUGCAGAUUGAAUAUAUUUUUACAUAUUUAUUUUUGUAAAGUAAUGAAUUUAUAUUUGUGAUACAGAUUUUGUUUAAGUGAAAUUUGAAAAUAUUAAAUUAUAUUAAUUUUUAAUUCUAUAUUUGCAAGUUCAUAACUUUAUAUUUUA